AUGACAACUUCAAUUUCGAACAACGUAGAUGAGAUAGACAACGCUAAAAGAAUAUACAACGAUAUAAACGAUUACUUAGACUUCUUGGCUGACGUUUUACAAACAGAAGCAGACGAAAGUGAUGAACCUAUCUCUCCAACCGUUGAAAAAUUCUUGAAAGAAUAUCGAGAAUAUGUUAGCAGUAAUGUUCCAUCUCCGACAUCUUAUUCGACUUCAGAUAUCACAACAAAAAAUUCGAAACGAUCAAGCGUUUAUAAACCCAAUUUAUGGAAAUAUUCCUUAAUGUGCGAAAAUAACAAUUCAAAAGUGCCUCCGAAGCCUGUUAAGAAGCUUUCACUCCCAACAACUGCCUCACUUUCGGAAAUUGAUUUUGAUAAACAAGGAUUCGCCAUGUUUUCCCCAAUUUCGAAACCACUUCCUAAUGAAGAAAACAACGAAAGCAACGCUCUCAAUAAUAAUAACUUUAUCUAUGAUAGUCCCUCCGUUCAAUUAUUGAAGCAAUUAGAUAACGCUAAAUCGGAUCAAAAUAUUGUCAAAGUUGAUAAGUCCCCUAAUUUUCUUACUAAAAUGCUUGGAGAAAACUUUCCGAAUCUCUUUGGAAAUAAGAAAACGGAUGCGGAUCAAGUUGAAAUCGAAAAAUCCAAUGAAGUAUCGGUGCCUGAUAAUAACAGGGAAGCUGUCUUACAAGCUAAUGAACCAAUUAGUCUAUUCGAAAUUCUUUUUUCUUUGACAAAAAUUGGUAAUAUCUCUCGUGCUGAUUAUCUUCCUUCAUGCGUACGAUGGGAUCAAUGGGAUCGAUGGGAAUUUUAUUAA